AUGGAUGCUAGCCUAGCGCCUGUGGCGCGAUCAGACUUUCCAGAUACUACAGGACCUAAGAAACCGAAAACUAUCGUUUCAAUAUUUGCGCGUCAUACAGAGCAUCAGAGUACCAAGACUUGGAAGCCGCUAGCGCUGCGCGCACCAGUUCUCAUCUUGACGACGGCGAUAUGCUGGUCGUUGAUCGCGAUUUUACAAUUUUUCCUCCACCAAAGCCAGCAAGAUGGCGGUGUCAUAUUUGCACCUCGCAUCAGUGACCUUCCAUUGGGCCAUGCCUUCAUGUAUUUGUACUUUCCCACAAUCGUUGCUGUCGUUUUCAGCAUCUAUUGGGCGUGGAUUGACUUGGAGACCAAACGCAUGGAGCCGUACUAUCAGCUGAGCAAAGAAUUCGGCGCAUUGGGGAAAGAUUCGCUGUUGUUACAGUAUCCAUUCGAUUUCUUGCCAUUAGUACCGUUCAAGGCAGCCAAAGAUGGGCACUGGCCUGUUUUCUGGGCUUCGUUUGCUAUUCUUCUCGUUACAUGGGGCCUAGUACCUGUGCAAGCAGGCAUCUUUUCUGUCGAAACAAUUGAACGCUCGUCCGAGGUACCAUUCGCGGUCUCGACUUCCUUCAUGCCAGCCAACCAGCAAACCACCAACUUAACACUCCGCUACUCGCAGUCUACAUACGGUAUUGCUACUCUAAAUGAGACUUUGCCGCCCUAUAUGGCACGCAACUAUACAUUAGCACCAUUCAGACCUUCGCAGUCAAUGGGCAUAGACGACAUCGCCAUCCAGGGUACCUGGACCACAACUACCACCAUGUACAGCGUUGAUCUCUACUGCGAGGUAUCUUCGCCCAUUCGAGAUGCUGAAUAUAUGACUCCAGGAUCUGUUCUCUACAAAAGCAACGGUGGUUGCAAUGUCACGACAGGGCUCUCAGGGAACGUCACUAAAGGAUAUAUCAAGAACAAGAAUAUAUAUGCCCCGCUUCUUGAGUUGAAGGACUAUAUGGCCAUGUACAUUGGCUACUACAAUGGCUACAAUGCGGACUACUCCUUGGAUGGCCAUUGUCCACCGGAACGCAAUUCAACGUUCUAUGCCGCAUUUAGUCGUACCAAGCAAAGAGAGACAGACCCACCGAACAACGUCACAGCAAUAUUUUGCGAGCCAACCUUUUACCAACAGCGUGUCAACGCCACAGUCGAUGCAAAAACCAAGUCACCGAUAUCUGUCACACUCUGGGGCGAGAAAAAGCCACUCCCGACAGACCUCUUCAACGCAACAUAUUUGGAGAUACAGAUGAAUGGAGGUUCUGGCUACGAAGUCCGGGGGGACAACCUACCGCUAAAGUCAUUACCAGAUUAUCUAGAGCGCGUCGCAGCAACGAACAUCAGUGUAGGGACUGGUCCCACUGGUGGCGGUUUUGUUCAACCGAUGGUUGGGUUAUCUCUAGCUGUCAGCGAUCGCUCACUCGAUGCGUAUCUUGAUUGGCGAGUCCUGAGUAAGUCCUAUGCAGAUGCCUACCGACUGCUGUUUUCGCGCGCAAUGGUGGAUAUUCUCGGUGGUGAUUUCAAGACUUUUGAGCCAUCCACGGGUGAACAGCAAUAUUCAACUCAGGCCGUGGUCAUCGAACCGGUAUUCACAUACAUUGCGGAAGGACUCCUCGGCGUUAUUUCGAUUGCGACAUUGGCAUUGCUAUAUUUAUCAGUGACCAGGACCAGAAAGUUACAUUCAGAUCCGAGCACCAUAGCGAGCAUCAUGAGUCUUGUCGCGGAUAACGAGGCCCUACUUGCCGAUUUCGAAGAUCUCGACUGUUGUACCAUGGAGGAAGUCCAAGAAAAGCUUGGAAAUAAGAGAUAUCGGCUUGACGAUGACGGCCAGUAUCACACUAUAGUCGAAGUUGGUCCCACUACAGACUCUGUCUUAGUAGCCCAGCAACCAAUCACUCAGGCUCAACGACGAAGCACGACCCGGAAUAUUGCUAAGCCUGUUCGACCUAUCGAGUUCAGUCUUUGGACUUCCAUCCCCUUCAUUGGAUUAUUCAUUGGACUCGCAAUUGCGCUUGGUGUAAUCUUUGGCAAAGCAAAACUGGACGGUCUUGCUCUCCCAUCGAAAAACAAACUCGUGCAAAAUCUCCUGGAGAAUUAUAUUCCGACUGCACUCGCUACACUUAUCGAACCAAUGUGGAUUCUCAUCAACCGCCUCCUGUGUAUGCUGCAGCCCAUAGAGGAACUUCAGGGCUGCGACGCGCCUGCAAAAAAGUCAAUUGAUCUCAAUUACAGCUCUCUGCCUCCCCAACUGGUAGUUUUGAAGGCCCUGAGAUCGAAGCAUUUUGUGUUAGCAGCAGUUUGCUUCAUGGUUUUGCUUGCCAAUGUCUUAGCUGUUGCUUUCGCAGGUAUCUUCAACCAGGAUUCAAUAAGCAUACAGUACUCUGCAGGCUUCAACCCUCCAUUUGAGCUGAAGUUUGUCUCCGUGAACGGAAGUAUUGGUCCCAAGAGUUGGGACCAAUUCGGCUCCCUUGAACCUUCAGGCGCCUACCGUGGCGGCAACUCGCAGGAUCAAUUCCUCAUUGCCGAAUCUAACUUUACGCAGAAUACCCCUCUACCCGCAUGGACUGAUGCAAGUAUGCUUUAUUUACCGUACUUCGGUACGGCAGACGUAAAUGCGACGAACGGGCACGGCUACCGCGCUGAGACCACAGGUCUUGGUGCUAGGCUUGAAUGCAAAGUUCUCAACUUUGGUGUAGAUUACAGCGCCAGACUCGUCAGCGACGGGUCGAACAUCCAGGCUGAGUUUAACACCACAAAUUCCGCCGACGCCGACACAGCGAUAUGUCCAGUCAAAGUAGCACCAACGCUUCUGUGGGGACCGAGUAGUCCAGAGCCACGGCUGGAGAUCAACGGUACCUGUCAGCGUGGUCCCAGUGCAACAGAGUUGGUCUUCGUUGUUGACGCGAACGCAAAUGCCACUCAGGAAGAGAAGGAUGCUUGUAUGACAACAGUAAUUAUGGGUUGGAUCAGAGCACCUGAUGGAUCUUGUGGCGAUUUUGCAGAGAGGGAUUUGGACAAAAGCAAUUCGGUGUUUGUUCGUUGUAAGCCGAGGAUUGUCACGGGACGUGCAACCGUACAAGUCGAUGCAACAGGUCGACUGCAAGAAAGGGUAGCUGAUCUGAAGGUAGAAGGUGACGCGCCGGAAGAAACAUUCAGCAAUGACCCAGUCAACGUAAUUGGGCAAGCAAAUCGAUACAUCUUCAGGUCUACCGACGGCGGUUGGCACAACGACAGCAACGCAGGAGAUGCUAUGAACUAUUUCGCUCGUCGCGAAUCAAACAGCACACGGCUCGUCGAUCCAACCCAACCGGUUCCGACGCUAGAAGAUAUCCAAGCUCCUCUCGGCAAGGCAUUCUCACGACUUUUUGCAAUUUGGCUCGGAGCCAAUAAGGAGAAGCUGCUCGUGUCGCGCAGCAAGGCGAAUGAACCGCAGGUGCAAGGCUGGACGAUAGUCGAGGAGCGAAGGCUCUUCGUCUCCACUUCCAUGUUUAUCAUUUCCGAAGCUAUACUCGGCGUCUAUGCAAUCAUCGCAGUGAUGGUGUAUCUGCGCCGACCAGGACAGUAUCUUGCACGAAUGCCUACGUCUAUCGCAUCGAUCAUUAGCCUGUUCGCUGCCAGCGCGGCAGUUCAAGACAUGAAAGAAACUUCGCAUCUGGACAGAAAAGGACGUGCCUUGCAUCUUGAUGGGCUGGGCUCACACUACGGAUAUGGUAGUUACGUUGGGGGAGAUGGACAUGUGCACAUCGGCAUUGACAAGACACCGUUUGUGCGAGUCAGGUCGAAGACUAGUUGGUUGGAACGGAAGGUUAAUUCGUUCCGGAAGGGCUCGUUGGGCGGACCCUAA